UUCUUGGGUGAUAAGUAUAUAUAAUCAAAUUAACAAUUGUAUCUUUGUUUCAAACGAGUUCCGGUCGGGUUCCAGAAGGCGAGGCGGAGCUGGAGACAUGGAUGAUGAUAGAAUCUCAAGUUUGCCCGAGGGUGUCAAGCACCAUAUUAUCUCCUUUCUACCGAACAUCAAGGAUGUGGGGAGGAUCUGCUCACUGUCGAAGUUAUGGCUAUGGACGUCGCGGUCGUUCCAGAUAUCCAACUUCAGGGGCUGCAUCAUUGCACCGAAUGUGGCUCUCCUUAAUAUCAGUGGAAAUUUUACAACGGCAGAUGACAGCAGUAGCUUCAUCAGGUUCCUCGAUGAUGCUCUCAUGAGGUCCCACGACGGAAUGCUGAGGUUGAACCUCUACACUAAUGGAGACAUGGUUGUACACGUUGACAGAUGGUUUGGUAUGGCAUUAGACCAUCACGUGAAGGAGCUGAGCUUCAACCACUUCUCGCUUGAUGAAGAAACGCCGUAUUCAAUUCCCGGAAGGGUUUUUUCGGCUGAGUUCAUCAAGUCCUUAAAGUUUACUGGCAAUGUGAAAAUUGGUGGGAUCGGCAAUGUGAGCCUGCCGUCUCUGCGAUCGCUCAGUUUGUCACUUUCCCGAAUUACAGACCAGAUGUUCCGCAGACUCCUCAGGAGCUGCCCUUUGCUGGAGGAUCUUUCUGUGCAAUCCUGCAGUCUGUUGUCCGAGAUCGAACUCUCGAAUCUCGAUCAUCUCAAGAGCGUGUCCGUGACUGGUGGUCUCCCUGAUUUUUUGACUGUCAGCAUCAAUGCACCGGCCUUAGAAAGGCUUUGCUUGAGAGGCAAAUUCCUGGGCGACCAGAGCAUAAGCUUAGUAGUUCAUAAAAGUCUGAAUCUCAGGUCCUUAGAGCUCGCCGAACUGUUCCUGACCGAUGAGUGGUUCUGUCUAUUCCUUUCCCAGUUCCCUCUGCUGGAAAGCUUGACACUUAGUGGAUUCAGGUUAUGGAAAAGAAUCUGGAUUUCGAAUCCGCUUCUGAAGGAGAUCAUGAUAGCAUAUUGCAAUAACUUGGAGGAUAUCAGAAUCGAAACCCCGAAGUUGUCGACUUUCUCCUAUCAGGCAUGCUGCGGUGUAGACGACGUGACACCACCCUCCAUCUGGGCAGAGAAUCCUCCGGAUUGUUGUGCUGCCGGAUUCACAUUUUCUUUCUUCCAUGAUCAUAUUGACAGCUGCUUCCAGGAGCUCCAGAACAUCCUCACCCGAUGGGCUACUACAUUUAGAUGCCAAGAAUCAACCGUCAUAUAUCUUUAUGAGGUACAACAUCGAACCAUGUAGCAGUUUACUGCAUUUGUCUGCUGUUGGGUUUUGCUGCUUUAGCUUGCUCACAUGGUUUCACGUUGUCUCUUUUUUCCCCCCCCUAUAUGUGCUUGAAAGUUGGGGGAGGGAUUCUUCCAAGAGAUGCACAAGGAAUUGGAAUUAUCAGCUCCUGGAGUCCUGCAUUUGAAAGUAAUGAUUACGCCAUCUGCGAGCUAUUCUGUUGUUUUGGAUGGCUUGCUUUCGGCUUCCCGCGCCCGUCCUACAACUAUUCUUCUCAGAGGAACAUAUCAAUUACUAAAGUAUAUCUGCGAGAUGUUCGCAAACAGGGAGGAGAAUCCCGAGUGCUGUUCGGGUGAUGUUAAGUGCUGGAAGCACGAGCUUAAGGGCUUGAUGAUCGAAAGAGUUGAGGGCAUCGAACAUCCCGGACCAUUAGACUGGAGCAUCUUUGCCAGCUUGGUGCCUACUCUGAAUACUGGACAUGAAGUUCGUUUUAGAUUGCGGUGGUGAGAUUAGCCAUGUGAUCAUGGUGACUCCGAAGAUGCAUAUUGCCAUAUUCUAUGCAAUGCUAUCUUUGUCAUGAGGGAUUAGGAGUCGGUCUGUACAGUUUUCGUGCUUGUUCGUCUAAAUGUUUAUUGACGUUGCAAUCUUGUGUCUUGCCUAUGAAUCGCGAGAAUGUUCUUCGCUAUAUAGAAAUUGUUUUGGUCUUUGUAGAAGAUAUGUCCUUUGACGUAAGAAUUGGGAGCUUGAUGUACAUAGUUCGGGGUCACUGGUACCUCUUCACCAUCUUCAUGUGUUCUGAAGGUCUGAUUAAUCUACUUGGGGUGCUGUGUGCUGGUUUUGUUAAAGAGAUAGCAUUGCUUGAAACCCUUUCCAAUGCUUUUGUGAAUGUGUUGCAACAAGUCAUGGCUGCAUGGUCGCCAACCUACUUCAUCGUCCAACCUUCAGCAGACUGCUGCAACGCAGAUGCAUGCAUUCCUGUUGUCUCAGGCAUGGAAGAUAGACAAGAUUGCUCCAUUUGGUUUCAUAGUUAAAAUCAUAAAAAUUUUAACUUUUAACUUUAACUUAAAACACUACACAAUAAAAAUAUACAUUUUUCAAGUAAAAAUUUUUAACUUUAACUUUAUUUCAACACACUAUAUAAUUAUUUAUCUUUUUUUACGAUCAAAAUCAAACGCACCAGAUGAAUCCCUCUGAGAGACUCUCUUUUCGGGAGGACACCGCUAAGUUCCGCGUACCACAGGCCGACCGAGCAAAGAUUGAUGAGCUCAUGAAUGACAAACUCUUUGCUGAGGGCACUGAGUCCCAAUUGAAGGUAG